UUGGCUGGGCUCCCUCCCUGCUCUGCAGUUAGGCCCCGCUCUGUUCCUCCCUGGGCACUAUUCACGGUUCUUGAUGUCUUUAGGAGACUGUGUAAUGCGAACUUGUGAAACCCUCUCAGCUCUUCGCACAGUUCCUUUGCACGGCUUCAGAGAUGCGCACAUGCACGUACUGGACCUUGUUUGAUUGCUAGAGGAGAGGGAUUCUUUUGAGAGUAAGCAUUCUGAGUGCUAACAAGAUAUUGAUACCAGCUUUCUGAGCUGCUGCAGUCAGCAACAGAGGAAAACCUCAAGGUCAGUUGAACCAGUAACAUGUCCUGAGGUGCAGCAGCAGCAGCAGAAGCAGAGAACAACUUUGUUCUUCUAGCAGCGGCAACAGAAGUGACAGCAGGUGCAUGAACAGCACAGAAGAUAAUUUUGCUUUUCAGGGAUGAUGUGGAGGGACACUUUGGGAGUUACUAACCUUGACGGCAUGGAUCAUUCUGUGCUCAGAGGGGAGAUGUCAGCAGUGCUUCAUGACAGAUCUCUAGUGGAAGAGGAAGAUCCUCACAUGAAAGUAUCUCUUGGUAGCAGCGAUAUGGGGGUGUCUGCCCAUCUACAGUCUUCAAAGACAGGGACCACACGAUUUUUCACCAGCAACACUCAUAGUUCUGUGGUAUUACAGGGUUUUGACCAGCUGCGAAUAGAAGGUUUACUUUGCGAUGUGACGCUAGUACCAGGCGAUGGUGAUGAAGUAUUUCCUGUUCACCGAGCUAUGAUGGCAUCAGCUAGUGAUUACUUCAAGGCUAUGUUCACAGGUGGAAUGAAGGAACAAGAUUUAAUGUGCAUUAAGCUUCAUGGUGUGAACAAAAUAGGUCUAAAGAAGAUUAUUGAUUUUAUUUACACUGCAAAACUUUCUCUUAACAUGGACAACCUUCAGGACACUCUAGAAGCAGCCAGUUUUUUGCAGAUUUUACCUGUUUUGGACUUUUGUAAAGUGUUUCUGAUCUCUGGGGUUUCUUUGGACAAUUGUGUUGAGGUUGGGCGGAUUGCCAAUACGUACAACCUCCCAGAAGUGGAUAAAUAUGUUAAUAAUUUCAUCCUGAAGAACUUGCCUGCGUUAUUAAGUACUGGUGAGUUUGUGAAACUCCCCUUGGAGCGUCUUGCCUUUGUGCUCUCGAGCAAUAGCCUUAAGCACUGCACUGAGCUCGAACUCUUCAAGGCUGCUUGUCGCUGGCUACGCUGUGAGGAGCCUCGAAUGGAGUAUGCUGCAAAACUCAUGAAGAACAUCAGAUUUCCACUGAUGACACCACAGGAUCUUAUUAAUUACGUACAAACAGUGGAUUUCAUGAGAACUGACAACACAUGUGUGAAUUUGCUUUUGGAAGCCAGCAAUUACCAAAUGAUGCCGUACAUGCAGCCAGUCAUGCAGUCAGAGAGAACUGCCAUUCGAUCAGACAGUACUCACUUAGUAACAUUGGGGGGAGUGUUAAGGCAGCAACUGGUGGUCAGCAAAGAAUUACGGCUGUAUGAUGAAAAGGCACAUGAAUGGAAAUCAUUAGCUCCCAUGGAUGCACCUAGAUACCAACAUGGCAUUGCUGUGAUUGGAAACUUUCUUUAUGUAGUUGGUGGACAGAGCAAUUACGACACGAAAGGGAAAACAGCGGUUGACACAGUCUUCAGAUUUGAUCCUCGCUAUAAUAAAUGGAUGCAAGUUGCGUCUUUAAAUGAAAAGCGUACCUUCUUCCACCUAAGUGCCCUCAAAGGACAUUUGUAUGCAGUUGGUGGUCGAAAUGCAGCGGGUGAACUAGCCACAGUGGAAUGUUACAAUCCAAGAAUGAAUGAAUGGAGCUAUGUUGCAAAAAUGAAUGAGCCCCACUAUGGUCACGCUGGAACGGUGUAUGGGGGAUUAAUGUAUAUUUCAGGCGGAAUUACCCAUGAUACUUUCCAAAAAGAACUUAUGUGCUUUGACCCUGACACAGACAAAUGGACUCAGAAGGCUCCAAUGACAACAGUCAGAGGUCUGCACUGCAUGUGUACUGUUGGAGACAAGCUUUAUGUUAUUGGCGGAAAUCACUUUAGAGGAACAAGUGAUUAUGAUGAUGUUCUAAGCUGUGAAUAUUAUUCACCCACUCUAGACCAGUGGACUCCAAUUGCUGCUAUGUUACGUGGGCAAAGUGAUGUUGGGGUUGCUGUCUUUGAAAAUAAAAUCUACGUUGUUGGAGGGUACUCUUGGAAUAAUCGUUGUAUGGUGGAAAUAGUCCAGAAAUAUGACCCGGAAAAGGAUGAAUGGCACAAGGUCUUUGACCUCCCAGAAUCACUCGGUGGCAUUCGAGCCUGCACUCUUACAGUUUUCCCACCAGAAGACAACACAGGGUCACCUUCUAGAGAGUCACCUCUUUCAGCACCUUAAAAAAAUCCUUUGACUUACGGUGUUGUGGUAAUACCUUUGCACUGCAUCAUGGAGUGUCUCAUUUUUCUUCAGUAGUAUCUGUUAGGCUUAGCCUACAGCAAUUGGUACAGUUACUGAGGGAGGAAAAAAAAACACUUGUGCUGUUUGUUUGGCCUAGAAUGUUUAUCGAGUGGUUGACAAAGAUUAUGGAAAAAUGUACUCAACAGAGCCAAAUCUUUAACAAGUGAAAAACGAGAUAUUGUCUAUAAAAUAUAUGAAUUAGGUACGUUUUUAAUGUUGUGUAUUGGGUGUGAGGUACCUUACAACUUACAUUAGGAAGCCCAAUAAAUUAUAUUGGAAGGGGUUGCAGUGAACAUGUAAUUAUGUUCACUUAAUUUUAUAUUUGAAAGUCUUUCUUCCUUUCAUCUUUGAUUGCAGAUUUUAAAGGGAGGCAGCCUACACCCAUGUGAACUAUGACAAAAGGUUGCCAGCAGGCCUGAGCUACCUCCCUCUUUUGACAGAGUAUUUUUGACAUAUCUCUUUACUGCCCAACUGGGUGGGUGCUUUAAGAGCGUAUGGAGUUUCUUAGGCAGACAGGAGAAAUCAAAUAAUAAUUUAAAAAAUAUUAAUAUUAUGCAGCAAGUGGACCCUGUGUAGGCCUGGGGUUUUUUAAUAACAUAUAUUGAGGGUUUUUUCCCUGACUCAAUUAAGUGACACUUCAAAGAGAAGACUUAAAAUGUUCGGGCUUUUUAAUUUUUGGUCUCUUCCCCCUCCUCCACACACCCAGUAAUCAGCUUCUGCUUAUAAGGGAGCUUUAGCUAUUAAUAAAUUGGAAUUCAGUACAGUUGUAUGACCUGUUGUAUGCCUGUAUUGAGUUAUGUAGAUAAGGGCUAGAAAUGUUAAUUCACGCCACUAAAUUUGACCAAAUUGUUCCUUCAGAUCAAAUUUAAUCUAAUUUUUCUCCUUUGCUGAUGAGCUAACUUACAUAUUACAUGUCCUCUGUAUAGUCUCAGUUAAUAAGGUUAUUUAGCACAAAGUGCAGCUUCAGCAGGAGAGCUGCUUUUUGCUCAGUGAACUCAGACUACCAUGUUUUACCUUCUUUUGUUCAAUAAAACUUUUAACUGCAA